CUCUGCGCUUUCCCUCUGCCUCUGCGCCUUCCUCCCUCUCAUCUAAUCUCCCCCCUUCCAGAUUUUCUUUCUGUCCCUGUUCCGACACUGCUGCUGCUUCUUCCUCCUCUCUGAUCGCUUUCCCACUUUAAUCUCCGUCUCUCUCUCUCUCUUAAAAUAUUCCCUUUCAGCUGCUCCCCCUCUGUCUCUUUUUCUCCCUGGCUUUUAUCUGUUUUACACUGUCCCUUGUUGUGUUUUCUCUCUGUCCCAUUCCCUCCUGUUAUUUACACUUUCCAUUCACUUUUCCCAUCUCGUUCAUUUUGUUGCUGUGCUUUCCCCUCCCGCCUCUCAUGUCUCUAUACUCCCUCUUGUAUUUACUCUAUUAUGUUCUUUCUUCUACUUUAAUUUAGUCUUUUAGCUUUCCUGUCAAUCAACUUUCCACUUUCACGGCUUUAGUUGGACUUUAGCCUUUCACCCUUAAUUCCUUCCUUUUUAUUUCCACUUUUUCUCCUUCAUUCUCCAUUGUCUGCAGACAUUACCUACUUCCCUGUCUCUUCUUUAUCUCUUCUACUGUCUCUUCACUAAGUCCAUCUCUCCCAUUCUCACCUGGAGGGGCCACUUUGCCUCUCCCCCACUCCAUUCGGCACCAUAGCUCCCACAGGUAGAUCAUCCCCCCGACCCUUGGCCCCUUUUGGCCUUGGAAGGAAGACUUUGGUGGCGGUGGCUAUUGGAGUGGUCAUGGUCCUUAUAUUGGUCAUCCUCAUUCCGGUGUUGGUCAACUCUGUGGGGUCAGAUGGCCACUAUGAGAUGUUGGGCACCUGCCGUAUGGUGUGUGAUCCUUAUCUUAGCAAAUCGGGGGUUGCCACUACCAGUACCAGUAUCCAUGCAGGCACUGGAGCUGAACCCCUAAGUGACAGAGGACAAUUGGCCCCUUCUACUUUGGUUCAAGGUCCUCAAGGCAAAGCUGGACGUCCAGGCAAACCAGGGCCACCUGGAGAACCCGGGGAACCAGGGCCACCAGGUCCAGUUGGACCUCCAGGAGAGCGAGGAGAACCAGGCAAGCCAGGACCACCAGGGCUGCCAGGAGGAGGGGUGAGUGGUGCCAUUAGCACGGCCACCUACACCACCUUCCCAAGGAUUGCUUUCUACGCUGGCUUAAAGCACCCUCACGAGGGAUAUGAGGUUCUCAAAUUCGACGAUGUGGUUACAAACCUUGGAAAUAACUACGAUGCGGGCACAGGGCGAUUCAGUUGUACCGUCCCGGGCACUUACUUUUUCACGUACCACGUCCUCAUGAGAGGUGGAGAUGGCACCAGCAUGUGGGCAGACCUGUGUAAGAAUGGACAGGUCCGUGCAAGUGCCAUUGCUCAAGACGCAGACCAGAAUUAUGACUAUGCCAGUAACAGCGUCAUACUACACUUGGAUGCAGGAGACGAGGUCUUUAUUAAACUAGAUGGUGGAAAGGCCCAUGGGGGCAAUAACAACAAGUACAGCACCUUCUCUGGGUUCAUCAUCUACUCAGACUGAGGCUUUACCUCCAAAGAACUCCACCAGAUUCCUCUUACUCCCAGGUGCUGAGAAACUACAGAGCAGCAUGGGGAUGUCCUGGAUUAACUCUCCAGUUUAUGAUCUCUGCCAAGCAACUCUCUCUCUCGCCUCUGCUCUUAGUUUCAAUCUUAUGUCUCUCUUCUGUGCUUUAUUUACAGUCAACCCAAAUUCUGUAUUUUCAUCUCCAGCCUAACUGUGCCCACAGCUUGCACCAUUUUCAGUCAACCAAAUCCCACCCUGCACUCAUCUGUGGAAAUCUAAUAAUAUGUCCUUGCCCCAAGCUUCAUGCUUGUGUCUCUUUGCUAUGUUCCUCUUCUUCCUCUACAGUGCCAAUGGGAAUAUUAGAUGGUGUUAUAAGUUGUAAAUAGGACUUUUAACCUUGGAAGCAGCACAGAAGACCUACUGUACCAUUCAUGCACCCAUAUCUUUUAGAGGAUUUGUCUAAUAUGCUGUUGAUUAUCAGAAUGAAAUAACUGGUUAAUGGUUAUACCCACUGUAUAUACAAAAAUAAACUAUAGCACUUUUCAUGUUCA